UGACGUCCAGCGGGUCUGAUAGCCUGGAGCUGGACCCUGUGGCAUGACGAUGGCGCUCGCAAGCUUCUAAUUGAUUUCGUUACCCAACCGGCCGAGCUAUAAAUUGCCUAUAUUGUGUGAUGCAUGCCUGCUUUGGAAAUACGACCAGGCAGUCAGAUAUUCCCCGCGCUGCAUUCGGAAGGUAGCACACGACCGAAUGCAGUUUAGGGGCACAGUUCGACGUGUGGGGAUCUGUCCUUGCAAGCCGGCUGCACCCAGCUCAAGCGCCAUGCUGGGGGCUAUAAAAGACAUGCGGCCAGACCCACGCCUCUCUUCUGCUCUUCGUCUUUCUUUGCGCCUCCUUUUUUUUCUACUUGCACAUCAUUCUGGUUGUUUUGUGCGCGUGUUGGUUUUUCGGUUCCAGUAAUUGAGCUCCUUCCAUUCCCCCCUUUUGUAAAGUAAUAAUGUCUUCUCUCGCUGCCCAGGUCGCCGAGCACCCGCGGUUCCACCUGCUCCCGCAGACGCACCAGCUCAAGGCGCUAAUGACGAUCAUCCGCGACAAAAACACCAAGCGCAGCGACUUUGUGUUCUACUCCGACCGUGUCAUCCGGCUGCUGGUCGAGGAGGGCCUGAACUACCUCCCUGUGGUCGAGAAGGAGGUGACCACACCCAUGGGCGUGCCCUUCAAGGGCGUGUCUUUCCAGGGCCGCAUCUGCGGAGUGUCGAUUAUGCGUGCGGGCGAGUCCAUGGAGCAGGGCCUGCGCGAUGUGUGCACCAGCGUGCGCAUCGGCAAGGUGCUGAUCCAGCGCGACGAACGCACCGCCACCCCGACCCUGUACUACUCGAAGCUGCCCAAGGAUAUUGCGGACCGCUGGGUGCUGCUGCUCGAUCCGAUGCUGGCUACUGGUGGCUCAGCAAUCAAGUGCGCCGAGGUCCUGAAGGAGGCCGGCGUCAAAGAGGACCGCAUCCUGUUUAUCAACCUGAUCUGCUCGCCCGAGGGCGCCCUGCACAUGCUGGAGAAGUUCCCUGGUCUGCAGAUCAUCUCUGCUGAGGUCGAUGAGGGCAUGGACCACCGCAAGUACAUUCUUCCGGGCCUUGGCGACUUUGGCGACCGCUACUUUGGCACUGAGGACUAAGAGCACUGAAUGCUGCCAUGGUCUUUUUAUUUAUAACGAAAACUAUACAUAUGGAAGUAUGAUAUAAACGUGUAGUGGUGUUGUGUAUAGGACAAAAGGCCAAUGCCAUCUACAGGCCAGAUAGCAUGCACCCUCGCUACCAGUCCAGGUUGAUGGUUCUGCUCUUGCACGUGUAGUACUUGUGGACGUUCAUCUCAGUGAUGGUAGAAAACUCGGCAAAACAGUUCG